AUUCCAAACGAGCACAGAGUGUCCUCCAUUUGGAGCAGGGUUUCUGUUCCUGUGGCCCGUUAAUUGGGUCACGUCGUCCUCCAUUCCGCGGGGCCUGGUCCUCCUUGGCGGUGUGACCCUGAACGAGGAGAGGAGGAAAGCUUUCCUAACUGAUGGUUUUAUGCGGAGUUUGCAAGAAUAAGGAGGCAGGGACCUGGGAAGGGCUGGGGCUUGGGGCUUGGCUCCUUUCCCACCCGGGAUUGGAACCCAAGACCCCCCAGACGCACGGAGGUGGCAUUCUGUGUAAUCCCUGGGAUAAAGCGUUCCCAGCCUUGGCUCGCCUCUUUGAGAAAGAACCGCUAUUAAACGCUUAAAACUGGGAAGGAGACCUCCCAGAAUCAAUACAGGGAAAAUGGUUCUCAGGUGAAAGCCAAGAGAGGAGAUUAAAAGAUAGACAGACAGACAUUGUUUUGAGGCAGUGCCCUUUGGCUGCUGGAGACACACCGCUUGGCCAUGCAGGCUGCCCCUGUUGCGCUUGUGCUUUGUGGCUUGUGGUGGUGACCCUAAAGCAGUCAUCCCCAAACUGUGCCCUUUAAGAGACUUUGGACUUCAUCUCCCAGAAGCCUCAGCCAUGUUGGCCAAUAGCCUGGGAUUCGGGGAGCUGAAGUCCCAAAUUCCCUUAAAGACCGCUGCCCAAAGGAGAACCUGUCAUGGGGUUUCUGGGCAAGAUUUCUUCAGAGAGGAGUUUGCCAUCGCCACCCUCUGAGGCUGAGAGAGUGUGACUUGGCCAGUGGGUUUCCGUGGUCAAGCUGGGAUUCGAACCAUGGCCUCUGGAGUCGUAGUCCAACGCUCUAACCACUGUGCCACACUUGGCUGUGGUAGUGUUGUGCAUAGGUCCUUUUUUUCCCCACGAGGUCCUGUAACCUUCCUUGAGGAAACCAGCCAUCCAUUGUGGUGACCCAGGCUUCUAAAUGCAUGGACAUUCACAGUGUGUCUUUGCCUAAAGGCAGCUGAAAAGCAGAAGUUGCUUCGUCUUCUACAGUUUUUGAAUGCAAAGAUAAGGACUCAGCAACAUAAACAGCAAAACCUAGUUUAGCCACCUUAAAAACAACACCAAAGACCUACAAAUGAAGUGUGAAAAUUGCACCAAAAAGGAAUGUAGUAAAAAACAGAAAAAUGGAGACCAACCAAAUUCACCAGCUGAUGUACCCAGUUCUAAUGAGGAAAAUGAUGAGCCAAGCGAAUUCCAUAAAUUGGCUAAUGCUAAAAUAUUUUUUAGUGACUGCCUAGCUUGUGAAAAUUGUGUAACAUCAGAUGAGGCAGUCAGAGUUUCCCAUCAGAAUCAGAAUGAGCUCUUCCAUGUAUUGAACCUUAAUAAGAAAUGUGAUACCUCAAAACACAAAGUAUUGGCAGUGUCUAUAUGUCCUCAGUCCUUGCCUUAUUUUGCUGCUAAAUUCAAUCUCUGUGUAACAGAAGCAGCCAAGAGGCUUUGUGGUUUCCUCAAAAGUCUUGGAGUUCAUUAUGUCUUUGACACCACAAUAGCUGCUGAUUUUAGUAUUCUGGAGAGCCAGAAGGAGUUUGUGCAACGCUACCAUCGUCAGAAUCAAGAAAAACAUGCCUUACCAAUGUUUGCGUCAGCUUGUCCAGGUUGGAUCCAGUAUGCCGAGAGGGUCCUCUCCAGCCUCGUGACUCCACACAUUUGCACUGCAAAGUCACCACAGCAGAUCAUGGGUUCCCUUAUAAAGGGUUAUUUUGCAAUGCAACAGAAUCUAUCCCCUGAUAAAAUUUUCCACAUAAUUGUGGCACCUUGCUAUGACAAGAAGCUAGAAGCCUUGAGAGAGGACAUUUACACCCCUUUGUAUCAUUCUCAAGACAUUGAUUGUGUUUUAACAUCUGGUGAAGUCUUCCAAGUCAUGGAGCAGAGAAAUGUGUCUUUGAAAGAAGUAGCAGAGGUGGCCUUUGAUACUGUGUUUGGUGGGAUAAAUGAGAGUGAUUUAAUGCGGCAUGAUGGAAGAAGAUCAGAUGGUUACCUAGAGCACAUAUUUAAACACGCUGCGAAGGAACUGUUUGAUACUGAAGUGAAGGAACUCACGUACAAAGUAUUAAAAAACAAAGAUUUCCAGGAAGUCACACUAGAAAAGAAUGGCGAGACAGUGUUAUGCUUUGCCGCAGCUUAUGGCUUUCGAAACAUUCAAAACAUGGUCCUGAAGUUGAAAAAGGGAAAGUGUCCCUACCACUUUGUGGAAGUUUUAGCCUGUCCUGGAGGGUGUUUAAACGGGAAAGGUCAGGCUCAGACUGAAGAUGGAAAACCAGAUAAGGCUCUGCUCAAGCAGAUGGAGGAUGUGUACACUGCAGUUCCUGUCCAACUUCCAGAAACCAAUGGGCACGUGCAGAAGCUUUACCAGGAAUGGUUGGAAGGGAUGGAUUCUGUGAAAGUCCAACAGUCAUUGCAUACAAAGUAUAGUUCAGAAAAACCAGUUGCCAACAGUUUGGAUAUCAAAUGGUGACCAUGCAACCACUAGACUUACAUUAGGUUUGUUGUACAUGCAGCACUGGCAACUGUUCUAUGCAACUAUUGACUGGGGCACGGAUUCCGUGUUUGGAAAAAAAAACCUGGAAUUGCCUUUGUUCACAAUUGGAACUUUGUAAAGUUAGAUUGUUGCUUGAUCAAAUUGUUGUGUUGUAUAUUUGGACCAUGUCUAUUUAAUCAGAGUCCAAUGUUGUGUGUAUCUGAGGACUUUUAUUGGGCACACUGAGCCUCUAGACUUCCAGGAUGGGACUGGAGGCAUCAUAACAGAAUCAGGGCAUAUUGCUAUGUGCUUUGAUCUGGGCCACCUAAGUAUGUGAGUCUGCCAAGAAUGUAGUGCCAUGGAUUUCACUGAUCUCCAAAAGGCAUUUUGUUAAUUUUACUGUUCAUCCAAGACUUUGUAUCUUUGCCAAACAUUAUAAGAUACCAAAAUGGGGUAAAGCAAACUCACUAACUUCCUACCAUAGCAUACCUAUACCACUUUACUAUAUUAAGGGGAUACUCCUCAGAUUUGAUUGUAACUCUGAUACCUGCUGGUAGUGAAUUUCUUUUUUAUUCCUUUAAUUUAAUUUAAUUGGCUCCUUUGGGAAAGAGGGAAAUGUGUCCUAUUCUUGCUUUCUGUUUCUAGCCUAUUGUUCUCUCCCUGAGAAUGUUGGGAUCCUAACCUUCCAGUGAGACAGUUGGACAUUCUCAGCCAAGUUGAAGACCGUAUCUUCAACAUCUUCAAUAGCUCAGUUGUCGAGUUCUGGGUGAAGUAAAGUAAUCAGAAUGAUUGAAAGGCAACAUAGAUGUAGGUACAAAAUAGGAUCAUUUCACAAACAUUUCAGGGGUGGGCAAGUUGAAUGCAGAUAAAAGUUGUUCAGAUAACAGAGGCAGCCAACCUGAAACCAGAAUCUCUAAGAUAAGAAUGAAUUGGAAGUUAAUAUGAUUGUGUGUAUAUGUGCCUUCAAAUAGCUUGUCAUCCUGUGACCCCUUGAAUUCCAUAGGGUUUUCUUAGGCAAGAAAUACAGGUGGUUUGCCAAUUCCUUUCUCUGUAAUAUAGCCUACAGCACCUGGUAUUCCUUGGAGGCCUCCCAUCCAAGUACUAACCCUGUUUAGCUUCCAGGAUCAGAUAGGAUUUGGUGCCUUUAGGGUAUUUAGUCCCCCAGAGAGGUUUACCUUUACCUUCUCUGAGACUGUGAUAUAUGCCCAAGGUCAUCAUAUUGGUUUCCAUGGCCGAGCAGGAAUGUGAACCCUGUUCUCAGAGUCGUAAUCCAACACUGAAACCACUACACCACACUAUUCUCAGAAGUUAAUAUACUUUACUGUUAAUAUUACUUUACUCCUCCUUGCAUAAUGAUAAACUGCUAUGUAAUCUUUUAGGUUUUACCCACUUCUGCUGGUUGCUGAAGCUUUGGAGGAGUUUGCUAGGCUUUUAUCUUGCCAGAAAAUUCUACAUGGAUCAGAUCCUUCUAUCUGUCAAAUGUCUUGGCUCAAGACUUUGGGACCACACCAGUGGUUCCUAGUGAGAUUUCUUAAUAUUUGACCAAGUCUGCAAUCCCUAUAAACAGAUACUCAAGUGCUUACUGAAUUCACUGGCACUUGCUGAGCAGAUAUGCAUAGGACUGCCUGGCAAAUUACAAAGAGCAAAGUUACAAGCUAAUGUGCAAUCUCCCCAUUUGCAACAUUAGUAUGUGUAUGGGAACAGUGCAGGCUCACUGAAAUUAUUGGAAACUGUAUACCAGCAGUAUCUAAUGUACUAUGCCCACCAAAUAUAAUUUUAAGUUCUAUUUUUUUCAACUUAAACAAAAGGGGCAAUGAUUUUUUUAUUUCUUCUGUUUUAUUUAUUGGUCCAGUACUGACAGCCCCAAAGUCUUUAAAAAACGUUUUGUUGAACUGCUUUAGCCGCUCCUCCAAUUACUCCUUCAUGUGCUUUUCCUCUCUUAACAAGAAAAUACGGGUAAGCUUUGUUGUGAUUUUCCCAUGACAUUUACACAUCCUUGUGGUAUUCUUAAGUGACUGUCAUGUUAAAAAACAAACAAACUGGGAAUCUUAAGGUUGUCAUAUUUGCACUGUAAGAUUUUAAACCUCUGAUUAGAGGGCAUUGGUGCUUCACUUCUCUUUAAAGGUCUUCAGUUCUCAUGCUGGUUCUUAUGGUAAUAGAGACAGUUUCCAGAUGCAAUGAAAGUUUUGCUCAGAUGGCACAGGAAGCAGUGCCACAGUGAACUGUUAUGCCACUGGAUAUGGGGGCAUUUGUGUGGCAGCAUAGCCAAGGAGUGGGCAGAAAAAGACUUUGUAAAAAGGAGCUUCUUUCUCAGAGGCUUUGUUAUCUGAGAUAUGCCUGUAUAUAUCAUACUUAGUUCUGUCUUUGUAAAAAAAAAAAAGGAAAAAUAACUUAAGACAGGUAUGCAAGUAAUGCACCCUUGUGCCAGAAAAAGUACUUGGAGCAGCUGAGGUAACUGGACAUGGAGCUGUAUCAAAAGGGAGCCCCUGCAUGGCAUUUUCUUAGUCCUCUAGAAGUUUUCCAUAUUCCUUGUACAGCUGUAGUAGGAGAAAUGUCAGUGAGAAUAUACUGAAAGAGGUCCACAUUCCAUCAAAAGCACUAAUAUACAGCCUCUGGUAUCUUCAUGAUAUGGUGGCAGUCUCAUUAAUUUAAUUCUGUUUUUUUAGUUUGUUCAGAUGUUUUGUAUAUAGGUUUUAGCUGUAUGUGCUUUGUGUGUGUGUGGAAAGGUCCUUGGUAUAAAGCUGGAAUUUAAUUUUACAAGCCGGGAUCUCAAAACAGUACAUCAGGACAAGCCCCCAUGGAUUGGGUUGCCUGCCCUUUGCUGAGUCAAAAUGAAAGCUUCCAAGUGUAAUUCUGUCAAAAAGACUCAUCAGUGUACUUAAGUAACUGCUGGCAAAGGUUUAAACCCUGAAACCACCGUGCUGUACCAGGAGAAGGGUGGCAAGAACCAAAUGUACAAAGCUGUGCAGUUCUCUUUUCCAGAAGUAUUUGAAACGGGAUGAGCUGAAUAAAAAUUCUGGCCAUUUAAACUUUUACAUUUAGAGUACAGAAUUUUUGUGCUGAUAUACAUAAUCUGGACCUAUCUGUAGAUCAGACAAGAAAAAGAAUCAUGUCUACUGGACAUUCUGGCUUGGAGCUCUAAUUAGACAAACCCUGCCUUUGCCUCUCUGGUGAGUCCAUCUAAAUGAAAACAAGCCAAGCUAUUAUUUUACAUAUCCAUAAUCUUAUAGAACUGGAAAAGGUGUAUAUUGUGUGUGUGUGUGUCCCACUUCUAGAAUAUCAGUGAACCUGCAAAAUAUGCCACCAAAAUGGAGCUACACACUCAAGACUGAAAGCAUUACUUGUCCUUCAUAUAUUGGUUGCAUCUUCUAAUUAGUGAGGUGUCUAAUUGGUUAGGGGGCUGCCCCCUGAAAGGUAAGAGUGGGAUGAGCUGCCAAACACCUGAAAUCCAUAAUACCGAUUUGCUCUUGAUAGCUUGAAAUUAAUCUGAACCAAGGCAAAACUAUACAUAUAUUUAUAUAUUCUUUCCAUUCAUGGAACAGUAAACCAUAAGGCAUGUAAAUGUGUUAGAUUUGGGACAGUAUCAAGGCAAGGAUUCACCGACUAGUAUAACAAUGCUUUUCCAUUAUCUACAUAGCUGUCUACACAGUAGCAAUGCAUAUCUAUUUACACAGUUGAUAACUUAAAUGCUCCCUUAAAAGACAGCAUCGCUUGAAUUCAGUUACCCAGGGAAGAGGAUUCUCUCAUCCAAAAUGAGACUGAACCUUACUAGAAUGUAGUUCCUUUUGUGAUUGCAAAGCACUUGAUUUCACAAUUGUCAUCUAUUUCAAAAACUGUCCAGCAAAAGCAAAUAUGGGUGCAGUCUAUUAACCACAACUGUUAAUUAACGAUGACAAAACAUUAAACUGCCCACCAGGUACACCUUGCUGUUUUCUGGAAAUCAGUUGUCUUGUGCUUGAAGUAAAUCUUUUCAUCAGCUUUGUAUCCUGUUACUGACAUUACCAAAGCCUGGGGCAAUGUUUUUUGGGAAAGCCAGCUUUCACUAUUUUAUUUCUCAUUUGAACCUUUGGAAAUAAUUUUAUUUCUGGACAGGUUGGGAUGUGAAAAGUCUAUGUGUUUGUACCGAUGUACAUGUGCUUUUGUCUUUGUUUUUCAGAAGCUUGUAAAGAUUAAACAAUUGAGAAUUGUUUCUGUAAAGCCAUGAGGUCUAUUGGCAUAAUCAUAUUCUGAAACCUCGGUCUUACAGACAUUCCACCCAAUCCUAGGCAUGCUUAUGUGACACACAUCUCCACUUUUUUGGAACAGCCCAAGGUAGGCUGCCAUUGUUAAGCCUCAAGCCCCAGCCACCCCCUUUCCAGCUCCUACUACCAGUUGUACAGCCCUAGAAGUGGGCCUGUCCUGUUGCAGCUUCCACAGUCAGCUUCCCCUCAUAUUGGUAGGAAUGAGUACCUGAAAAGUUGCUUACUCGUUGGCAUAACCUGGCUACUAUCAGGUAAGCCGCUUGAGCACAAGGCCAGGGCAGCUGACACACUCCCACUUGCCACUUCUCAAAGCGGAGUUGCCCAGAAGCAAUGCCUAUAUUGUACUGUUCUGGGAACUAAGAAACAGAAUUAAUGCAGUUUGACGCCCCUUUAACUUGCAUGGCUCAGUGCUGUGAAAUCCUGGGAUAUGCAGUUUGUUGUUGCACCAGAGCUCUCUGUCAGAGAAGGCUGAAUACUAUGCAAAACUACAAAUCCCAGAAUUCCAUAGCAUUGAGUUAAAGCUGGGUCAAACUGCAUUAAUUCUGCAGUGUAGAUGCAGCCUCAUUUGCCACUGUUGUAGUGCCAGCAGUUAAGCCCACUUGGGAGUGAAGAGUACUGCCUGGGAGUUGAAGUGCAACUGCAAGGGCUGGUUUUGGGUAGAGUUAGGAGGCAAUGUGUGCAGAUCCUGGCAAAUGGCCCAGUGCUGGUGCCAGUUCUUGUCACUUGGAAGUCGGAGUCCUACUGAGUUGAAUGCCACUUCCAAGGAAAUAUGCCUAAGAUUGGGACCCCAAAUGCAUCCAUGAGAUUUGUGGUCCUUAAAUAUAGAAUUAGGAGUGGAGCCUAGUUAAUGUGAAUAUGCUGUAAUAAUGGUACUGCUUACAGGUAGGCAUUGUUUGGUAGGAAAAAUAUUCAUACUAUGUUAUCUAUCCACCUGAGGUCUUUAAAAGGAAACAAUAAAUAAUAUGGGACUUUUUGGGAAAACCUCCAAGCCAAAGGAGAUUGUAAAAUCUUAAUAUCGGUACACACAAGUGACUGCAGUCCUUGACUGAUAUAUCAAGUAUUUGUAUUCAGCUCUGCCUUUUCAAUAUGAUUGUACCUGAACAAUAUUCAGCUACAGUACUCAGUUUCUAGUGCAGUACAAAUUUGAAUGCUUAAACAAUAAUUAAAAAAUACUUUGUAGAA